AUGAGGCGUGUUAAAUCAGCCAGCGGCAAGCUGAGUAUUGCACAAUCUGCAGCUUCGAUUCUUCCAGGUCAAGAGCGCGAUAACAUUGGUAAAACGCGCUUUCAGUCUAGUAUUAUCGUUGGGCAGCCCGAGGCUGUGAUUAAAGAACAUUCGACUUCGAACAAUUCUUCUAGCUCCCGCAGCUCCAUUAUCAUCGAAAAUCAUGGUCUCCGAAGAAACUCCUCCCUGCGUGUCUUGAGCAAGAAGAUAUAUGCGGAGUCCGAUAGUCAAAGUGAUGAAAAAACUCCCUCCAGCAUUUCGAAGAAAAUUAAAAGACCACGGCGAGAGGAGACGGUGAAAAAGACACGCCCAUCUAAGAGAAUUCGUCGUCAAGUUAGACGUAAAGUGGCGUGCGCACUGCCUUCCGACGAUGAAGAUCAGCUCCUUCGACCAUCAAUAUCCAAUGAGAAAGCUCUUUUACCUCAGUCGCAAGAGGUCAAGAAAGUCAUUGUACAACCAGCUACUGUACCAAUCUCAAGGAGAAAUUGGGUCAAAAACCAGAACAAACCACCAUCUGAUACAGACUCUGCUGAAAAGUCUGGAAAUUCCAAAAAUUCACAACCAUCGAUUUGCAAGCAAAACAAGGCUCGGAACGGAAAUACAAACAAAGAGCAUUUUGGAAAUGAAAGCCCAGAAACAAAACACAUUGACCUCCUCUCCCACUACAAAAAUCUCAUCCACCUCAUCCUCCACCGCCUGCUAAACCCUACCUCCACACCCCCAUCAACCCUCACAAUCUCCUCCGCAACGCUCGCCUCCCACCUCUCUCAAACGGCCACCGCCCUCUCCUCUCCCUCCUGGACGCCCCUAUUUCUCAACGCACUGCAACACCGGCCUAGCAUCUUCAUCCGACUCAGUAAUCCCCGCGAAUCCAUUUGCGACGCCUGUGGCGCUGAAGCCAACCUAAACUCCACUCUGACAUUCAAAGAUCGGCCUUAUAACCCUCAUAACCUGCGAUUUGAGGCCCAAGGGACGGAUAUCUUGAGGUAUGAAGUGGAUGAGGCGUGUCGGAGGAAGGCGGAAAAGUGUCAUGGGCUGUGGCAUUGGCGGUGGAUGGUCUUGCAGCGGGUGAAGACAAUGUUGGAUAGGGAGGGUGUGAAUAGCAGGAGAGAGAGAGGGAAGAGGAAGUCUAUGAGUGCGGCAGCGAGGGAGAGGCAUGUAGAGAGAUUUCUUGGUGUGGUGGUGGGCGGAGAGCUGGUGACGGAUGGCUAUAGGAGGUAUAGGAAUUUAAGACGUUUAAGGGCGUGA